CCAUCCUCUCCUCACUUUAGCACUCGAGAAGAAAGGCUUACGUGCUUAAAAUCUGCUUAAUAUUUCUCAGAUUUAAUUAAAAUAUUUACAUCAUGUGUACAGGAAAGUGCUCCAAAUGUAUAGGUAUCAGUCUUUAUCCACUGGCACUGCUUUCCAUCAUCUGCAACAUUUUUCUUUUCUUCCCUGAUUUACAAACCACUUAUGCUAAAGAAGCAGCAGAGGGACUCUACCGUCUUACGGAUGAGAUCAAAUUAAUGGGAGGUGUUGUUGGAGGAGGCAUCUUGGUGUUGAUCCCUGCAAUCCACAUUCAUAGCACUGGGAGACAAGGCUGUUGUGGAAACCGCUGUGGGAUGUUCCUGUCCGUCAUCUUUGCUGCAGUUGGUGUGGCUGGUGCUCUGUACAGUGGCACUUUAUCAGUGAUUGCUCUGAUUUACGGACCAGUUUGCAGACUUGAAAAUGGUGACUGGAUCAGACCAUUCAUGAACAGCACUCCGAGCUAUUUGGGAGAAUCUGAGAUUUGGAGCACUUGCACAGAGCCAGAAAAUAUAGUGGAGUUUAACAUUGGGCUGUUUUCUGCUCUGCUGGUGGCUGCUUGUUUAGAACUGCUGCUCUGUGGAUUCCAGGUGCUCAACGGGCUCUUUGGCUGCAUCUGUGGUACAUGCAGUCACAAAGAGGUUGCAUAAGCUUGAAAUGCCAACAGAACGGAUAACACAGGAUCAAGAUUUAUUACCCGACACGUAUCGAUCUUUAUUACCAUUUGGUGACCUUUAGCAAAUGUGGGGAUGGAUGUACAGUAAACAAGAAAUGGACAGUACUUCAAACAUACUUCACUGACUCUUAUUAUGCUGUCUAUUAAAACAUUAUUUACAGACUGAAUAACAGAUUGCGAAAAUGCGUCAGGACAACCUUACUGGCAAUCUUACUAGCAAUUUUUUGUAUGUUUAAAUGUAAAUAUGUUACGUGUUUUUUUUCUUAUAUUAUGUUGUAAAAUAUCCAGCAAUAUCCAGUUCUUUUAAUGUUAUGCUUCUAUGAAUGUAUUCACGUUAUCAUUGCAAAAUAUAAUAAAAUAAUGUUCUACAAAUAUUACGUUCAACAGUUAUUUUGUCAUUUUGAGUUAAGAUUUAAAGCACAUUCGACCACUUUUAUGCAAGGCAGGACUAUGCUCUGUUUAGGAAUGAUCUAACUGGUGCAGAUGGUUAGAGCGGCUGAAAUAAAACUCGUGAAACUCCA